ACUCAAUUCAGCUCAUUUAUUCGUCACUUUCCAUUUCGCAAAGCGCAUUCGAUUAAUUAGUAGCCAAUCAUGCCACGUCCAAAAGCAUUCAGUGGUGCUCUAAAGAAGAAGCAGCUCCAAGAGAGACGCGCUCGACACAAUAAGAAAGUAGAGGGAAAGCAGAACGAAGAGCAUACGAACAAUAUCAAUAACAAUGCGACAGUUGAUUCAUAUAACGGGCGUUUUGUCAAGAGUCUCUCCAAUGAACCUAAACAAGGUUCGCAUGGAAGUGGACGGCCAGUGAAAGAGAACUCCAAUCAUCCUGCAGAAACGAGACUCCGGUCGGUGUUUAUCAAGCGCUCUCAAGCAGAAAUUGAAGAAUCAAGAAGAGCCAGUAUGCAGCCACUCCACUUUCUGCCUGAAUCAAAGUUAGAGGUCUCAUUUGAGGAAAUGUUCCCAGAAAUCAUUGGGUUCCCCAAGCGCCCUAAAUGGGAUUAUUCGAUGAGUCCUCAGCAACUCGAACAAAACGAAACUAGGAUGUUUGAAGCAUGGAUGGAUUCUGUCUAUAACCAAUACCCAGCAGAAGAAUUGAGCUACUUUGAACACAAUCUUGAAGUCUGGCGCCAGCUGUGGCGAGUACUCGAGAUUUCGGACAUUAUCAUGAUCAUUGUCGACAUUCGGCACCCAGUUAUCCACUUCCCUCCAUCACUCUAUCAGUAUGUAGUCGAGGACAUGAAACGCAAGCUCGUGGUGGUAUUCAACAAGAUUGAUUUGGUGGCGCCAAGUACAGUGUUUGCGUGGAAACAAUACUUUAAAGAGAAAUUCCCAGAGCUUCAUAUUGCAUCCUUCAGUUGUUAUUCCCCUGAUCCUACGUUCAUCAACGAUUCCAGUACUGCCGCAAUUCAGAGAGCAGUGAAGAGACCGAGGCGUAGAUUCUACAACGCUGUCGGUGUCAGAGACGUGUUGAUGGCAUGCAAAGAUGUAGAACUUGCAAAAAAUGGUGAUCAGGUGGAUUGGGAUCUCCUCGUCGCUCAAUAUGAUGCUGACAAGAGGGGCCAUGGACCCCAGGAUAGCGAUGAAGAGGAUGAUCGCGAAAGUGAUGGAGCUAGCGACAAUACUCCCGAACAAGAUGGAGAAGAUGGAAAUCAGGAACAAGAAAGUUUACUCAAGAAAAGUGAUGCAGGAUUAUCUGUAUCACUACAGACUGUGGACAUUAAUGAGGAUGAGCAUGUCCCUCACAAAGAUUAUGUGACGAUUGGCUUAGUUGGACAUCCAAAUGUUGGCAAGAGCUCCUUGAUCAACAGUAUCAUGGGUCGUACAGUGGUCAGUACUAGCAAGACACCAGGACAUACAAAGCAUUUUCAAACUAUCCAUCUGACUCACAACGUCAGAUUAUGCGACUCGCCAGGGCUUGUUUUCCCGAGUUUACUACCCAAAGCGCUUCAAAUCUUGUCUGGAAUGUACCCUGUUGCACAAGUGCAGGAGCCUUACUCUGUGGUACAAUAUCUAGCAGAGCGUGUGAACAUUCCUCGUCUGCUCAAAUUGGAUCCGCCGCCAAAUUAUGAACGCGGACCUUUCCGAUGGUCAUCAUUUGGUGUCUGUGAAGCAUAUGCACUUCAACGUGGUUUCUUGACUGCUAAAUCAGCCCAUCCUGAUGUUUAUCGAGCAGCCAAUGCUAUUCUCCGAUUGGCCAAUGAUGGUCGGAUUCUUCUAUCUUUCAAACCACCAGGCUUUUUUACUAGCACCAAGUAUGAAAAAUUAAAAGUUACUGAGGCGGAUGAUGCCUUUUCGGCGACUGCCUCCGGGAGCGAUGAUAGGCAAAAUGAGCGAAGAAAACCUAGCGCAACAAUAAAGGAUGAUGAAAACGAGGAAGACCUUCCGGUUGAAGAAGAGGUUACGGGAAAAGAGUCUAAUGAAAAGGGUUCAUUCAAGAUGAAUGCGCGUAUUGGCGGAUUUUUCGGUUUAUUACAAGAAGAUGAAGACGAAAACGACGGGGACGAGGAUGACGACGAAGAUGACGACGAAGAUGCUGAAGAUGAUGCGCAUGACGAACACUAAUAUUCAUGGAGAACUAAAGUGCUUUAACAUCAUCCCUUCCGCCUUAAUUCUUUAUCAUCAACAAGCCUGCGACAAUAAAACGCUCUUGCCC